GGAUUGCAACAAAGACAGGUUGAUUGGGAAACGCAUCAGACGGUAGAUGAGUAAUUUGUCUCCACGACUCAGCGCAAAUCCACCACACUCGCCGCAAGCCGCAGUCGCAACCGCAAACAGUUGAUUUUUCCGCCCCUCGCUUUUCACCACCAUACGCCAAUCGCCAAUAGAUAUCUCCUUCUCCCUCUGAAAGCCAUAACAAGCCAACCCAUCGAUCGCAAUCAUGCCGACCAUCACCGCCCCCGAUCAGAUCCCCGCCUCCCAAUUCGACUCCAUCCCCGAUGCAAUCCAAGCUUUCCAAAAGGGCGAAUUCGUCGUAGUCCUCGACGACCCCUCGCGCGAGAACGAAGCCGACAUCGUCAUCGCCGCCGAGUCUAUCACCACGCAACAAAUGGCCUUCAUGAUCCGGCACUCGUCCGGCCUAAUCUGCGCGCCCAUCCUGCCGCAGCGCACACUGGACCUGGACCUCCCCCAGAUGGUGUCGCACAACCAAGACCCCCGGGGCACCGCCUACACGCUCAGCGUCGACGCGGCACACCCGUCCGUCACAACAGGCAUCAGCGCCCACGACCGCGCGCUGGCGUGCCGCACGCUUGCCGACGAGUCCGCCACGGCGGCCAGUUUCCGGCGGCCGGGCCACGUGUUUCCCCUGCGGGCGGCGCCCGGCGGCGUGAGGCAGCGGAGAGGUCAUACCGAGGCGGCCAUCGAUUUGUGCCGGUUGGCGGGCAAGAAGCCGGCGGCCGUGAUUUGCGAGCUGGUGGACGAUGGCGCCGAGGUCCCCGGCCAGGCGCUGCGGGAGGAGCCGGGCAUGUUGAGGGGCCAAGCGUGCGUGGACUUCGCGAGGAAGUGGGGCCUUAAGGUGUGCACGAUUGCGGACAUGGUUGAGUAUUUGGAGAAGACCGAAGGGAAGGUCAAGAUGAAUGGCUCAUGAGGGGGAGGUCUAUGUCUUGAGUGAAGCGGUGCCACUGUUUGAUAUUCUGUGUAACAGGAAGGAAAUGGGCUGAGCCAGCCAUUGGUUCGGUCCGGUUCCAAGAAUCGGACAUCUUCGGGGAGCUUCU